CUGGAAUGUGAAGAGGAGUAUGCUGACAACAAAAAACUAAUUGAGAUUAAGGAUCUCAGGCGACAGAUACCGAAACAUUUCAGUUAUUUUGCUGUCGAUUUUGGUCUUAGUAAUGGAUAUGCGCAUGUUAUCGAGCGUAAUGAGAGCUUUCCGUCUUCAUUUGUCCAUGAAAUAAUCGCUGGGAUGAUGGAUCUACCACCUGAUAAAUGGCGAAAGAAAAAGCUGCAAAGCUUCAAAGAAGUGAAAGCCAAGUGUGAUUCCAUGAAAGCAGCUUGGGAGCCUUACGAUUGGACGAAGAAGAUCAAUAGGGAUAGUCGGUAA